GCUGACCCCUAUUUUUUUAACCGCGAACCGUAGUCACUGAUGCAGAUACUCUGCCACGUCCGUAAUUCACCAUAUGCUCCAACUGAGCGCUGCCCGUUAUUGUCGGCGGCUCAUUCUCUGUGAAGAACGGCCCCACCCGAUCAGGACCGCGUCAUGUUUUUGCCUAUCUUCGAGAAAUGAUUCCGUCAUCAGCGAGUAAUGCCGUCAAACAUGAACCCCACUAUUUUCAGUGGCUAAGCUGUCGCGGCUAGUCUUGUUCCAGAGCAGGAUAUUAUGUUCUUCUGUCGGAAGCCUGUGUCUUUAUUUGGCGGGCACAUCGGAUUCUGUGCACUGAAAUAGAACGCAUCCCAUUUUUGACUAGUCUGCUAUUUUGUGAUGUCCCUAAUGCACAAUUUUCCAAGAUGAGUUUCUCAGAAGAACAAGUCCCCCAUGCUUUACUGGUUACAGCCCACCAGUCCUUCCCAACUAUGCAAAGUGUGGAUCCGCCUGUUGCCCGACCGAUUCAAAGAGCAGCAUCCGUCGCAGCCCUGGAAAAGAUUGCACAGGUUCCAAAUAAAACGCCUUUCGGCAUCUCGCGUUGGGUGCUCCUCGCUAUCUUUCUUUUCUAUUCGUUUCUAACUGGGCCGUCCUACUGGAACUGGACAGCCUUUGCCGAUAUAUUUUUCCUACGUGGAGAGUAUGUAUGGGGCUGCGAGCCGAAUGAAAUUGAUCGGACAAAACACGCUCACCAACCAAAAUGCGAUGACCAAGAUGUAGCAGUUCAGCAGCUUUUUACGAUUAUUGUGGCGUCAGACUUCUCUUUCUCGUGUCUCUCUGGAUUUCUGCUCGAUUAUGCUGGUCCGCGACUUACGGGCCUGGCUGGGACUUCAGUCCUUCUUCUGGCCUGGUGCCUUCUGGGCGCAGCAGAUGAGACACGCCACAUGUUGGUUCCAGGAGCUAUUCUAUGGGGUCUGAGUUCAUCAGCGGCCUUCUUUCCCUGCUUAUCUGUUGCCAACCUCUUUCCCACUUCUCGCAACACCGUGAUUGGCUUUCUCGGGGCAUCCCGCACCUUGUCGAAUGCCACUCCCCUGGUAUUGCGAAGCAUAGCAAUGAACAACCAUACACUGGCGUCACGUUUGUUCUACGGAUAUGCUGGGUUGUGUAUUGGCCUCUGCGUUAUUAUCGCUGCCAUCUUCAUCCCGAUGCGACAGUGGCAGGUUCUUCCGUCUCUAGCCAAAGCUGCCGGAUUGGUGCCGACCGAUGGUGGCACAGUGGAGGACACUGCACCGGCAAGCUCCAGCGAGGCAGACGCUGAGCACACCGACAGGGAAAAUGUGGAGUUCAUAGGGAUGAAACGAGGUUUUUCCCGAUCACUGUCAGCUCUCAGAACAGCGACACUGGUGGGCGGCGAGGAAAGAGAGGACGAACAGGCGCAUGUCGACCUUCUACAAGUGGCAGUACUUCGGCAGGAUACUCUGAUGACGAUGCAGCGUGGCACAACCGCCGCAGCGGUGUCCCGCGGGUUAGACUGGAACGCUUUCCUCAGGGAGGCUUUUUCUCUUGUCUUCAUCCCCCUGUGUGUAUAUGAGGCGUUCGUGCUGCUGUCAAACAGCUUCUUCUCUUCAUCCGCGCGCCACCUCCUUCCCGCGGCAUACGAAGCGAACCAGAUCAUCCAGAUUUUUGCGUUUCUGCCUGCUCCUCUGCUAGGAGUGCUUGCAGACAAAGCCGGUAUUCUUGUCACCAUGGCGGUGGUCAACGGGUCUGGAUUAUUUGCAUUCAUCAUGGCGAUGGUGCCGGAGGUGCCCGCUGCUGUAGUGUGCCAGUACCUCGCUUGCCUUUGCAUAGCAGUCAACAAUUCUUUCAUCAUGAGCCAGGUCUACUGCUACGUCAAUCAGAGUUUCCAGGAAGGCCAUGCGGGCAAACUAAUUGGUAUUGCGUGUCUCGUUGCUGGACUUCCUUCUCUUGCAGCCAACGCGAUGCUUUCUACUGCUGUCAGCGACGGGUUUCCCAACAUGAUGUCUCUCUGUAUUGGACUUCUCACCGUAAAUUUCCUUCUCAUUGGAGGACUGGGUGUCGCCCGUCGACGAAGGGCCCAGAAACUCCUUGCGGAGACCGAAGUCGCCUUCCAAUCUGAUAUGGCCACCGGCUGAAUGCUUUGUUUUGAAAAGAGUUUCAUACACUUCUUGUAGCCGUUGCGGCGUGCCCCGGGCAGCGUGCUGCUACGUGCAGAACACUCUGGCUCGCUGCUCAGAAUCUUUAGUAGCUUUUUUACUAAAAUUAUAUUUUAAUUGAUAAGCUUUACCUUGUUGUGUUAAAAUAUUAUCACAUUCUAAAUGCAUUUCUUUUUUAG